CAGACAUGGAGAGCUGCUAGAGACGCUGCAGCUCCGCUCCUCCUCUCCUCUCCUCUCCUCCGCUGGAUGCUGGAUCUACCAUGAAGUCUCCGCGGCUCUGGGCGGCCCUGUGCCUCCUCCUCCUCACCGCCUCCUGCCGCCUCUGCUCGGCCGCCAGACACGGUUGUUUGUUUGAGAAGAAGUUGUGUCCCAGAGAUCAGCUCUGCGCCGAUGAUGGUUUGUUCGGACAGUGCCGGGCUCCGCACCAGGAGCCCGUCCAGUACCGGGUCUCCGUGCCGGUUCUGCACAAGCUGCAGGAAGUCCUCAAAGACCUGAUGGUGCAGGGUCUGACGUGGAAGGACGAUCUGACGCAGGCCGUCAUCGGCCGCGAGCUGAGCCACGUUCCGACCGCGGCUCCCAAACCGGAACAGGGAUCCUCUAAACAGUCCUUCAGGCUGAUGGGUCCUGCUGCUCAGAGGGUCCAGGAUCCUGAAGGUCCAGCUGACCCUGAGGUGAUGCAGCAGUACCUGGACUACAUGGUCCUGGAUCCGUCCCGGUCCUCCGUCCACAUGCAGACUCCCCUGCUGGAGCCAUACAGCUACCAUAAGUUCGGCUACCAGGACCAGGAGGAGCGCUCCCUCAACUCCCUGGAUGAUAACCCGACCUUCCACAAGGAGCGGUCUUUGGAGCGGGACCGCCAGCUGCUCCAGGACCUGAUGUCCCUCUACCUCACCUCCUCCCCUUCAUCCUCCUCUUCCUCACAGUCUCUGCCCCGCCACAGGGCCGCCGUAUCCGCCAGCCUCCCCUCCUCGUCUUUGUUCCCCGAUCUGGACUUCCCUCUGGACUACAGCGAGGACUACAUCUCCCAGGUGUCCCAGCUGAGGAAGCAGCCGGAGGCGGAGAAGAAGCAGCAGGAAUAUGACGCCCUGUCAGGACUGGAUGAACGCUCCCUGCAGAGACUGGCUCUUCUGCUGGACCACUACGGCCUGGAUGUGAAGGAUCUGACCCCGGAGCAGAAGGACGACCUGCCGGCGGCUCUGAAGCAGCUGCAGCUCGACGCCGCCUACCGUCCCCAACAAAGUGAAGAUCACUAUGGAGAAGAUGCAGCCAAGAAAAAGGGACCAGUGAUCAAGUUCAACAGCAACCAGCGCUACGCCACCACCGCCGUCACCGCCUGCGUGGUCCGAGAGGUAGCCAGCAGGGUCGGCGUGCCGCUGCAGGAUGUGAUGGUGCGUAACGACAGCCCCUGUGGGACCACCAUAGGGCCCAUCCUGGCCGCCCGCCUCGGCAUCCCGGUGGUGGACAUCGGCGCCCCUCAGCUGUCCAUGCACUCCAUCAGGGAGAUGUGCUGCACCUCCAGCGUGCUGCAGAGCACCACGCUCUUCAAGCUCACAGAGGCGGUGACGGCGUACAAGACUGUUAUCCAGAAGGCUCCGCCCCCCGCCGCCAAAGCAGGUGGAGGAGAGCAGAGGGAGGCGACUCCGCCUGAGGCAGCCAAUCAGAACAGAGAGUUUGGGUACAUCGUCACCAAUCAGAGCCCCCUCAGUCUGAACGACGGGGUGCGUCUGCUGCAGCUGCUGUCAGAGAGGAUCGGCCUCUCCGCCGCCGCCGUCGUCAACAUCAGCGUGGUCGGACCGGCCGUCACCUUCAGAAUCAGACCAAACGCCAAGAACCUGACGGCUGCAGACGCUGCAGAUAAAGCAGUCGCAGAGAAGAACUUCCUGGAAUCAGAGACGGGAUUAAAGGUCCUUCAGAGCGGCGCUGAACAGAUAAAUGAGGGGAAGUCGUUGCCCCUGGCAACCAAAGUCCAGCCGGGCUCCCGCUGGGUGUUCGCCACCCUGGUGUCCAUGGCGUGCAUCGGCGGCAUCCUGGUGGCGGCCAUGACCAUCGCCUGCCUGCGUCACCACGCCCAUCGGCUGGCAGCUAAGAAGCUGGGCCUGGGACCCGAGGGGGGCGCCUUCAGCCACCAGGAGUACCAGGACCUGUGUCGCCAGCACAUGGCCUCCAAAGGCGCCUUCGGACGGCUGGAGGCCGCCGCCCUGGGCGCGGUGGGAGGAGCGGGCGGAGCCGGCGGAGGCGGAGGAGGUGCAGCAGGGGGAGCCGGAGCAGCAGGAGGCGGCGGGGCGGACUCCAGGGUGAGCAGUGUGUCGUCCCAGUUCAGCGACGGAGCCCAGCCCAGUCCCAGCUCCCACAGCAGCACGCCGUCCUGGUGCGAGGAGCCGGCGCAGGCCAACAUGGACAUCUCCACGGGUCACAUGAUCCUGGCUUACAUGGAGGACCACCUGCGGAACAAGGACCGGCUGAUGAAGGAGUGGGAGGCUCUGUGCUCCUACCAGGCAGAACCCAGCUCCGUAUCGGUGGCUCAGAGCGACUCCAACGCCAAGAAGAACCGCUGCCCCGACUCGGUUCCCUACGAUCACUCCAGGGUGAAGCUGAAAGCAGACAGCAACCCUUCGCGCUCCGACUACAUCAAUGCCAGCACCAUUAUCGAACACGACCCCAGGAUGCCGGCCUACAUCGCCACCCAGGGGCCCCUGUCCCACACCAUCUCCGACUUCUGGCAGAUGGUGUGGGAGAACGGCUGCACCGUGAUCGUCAUGAUGACGGCUCUGGUGGAGGACGGAGAGAAGCAGUGUGACCGUUACUGGCCCGAUGAGGGCUCCUCCCUCUACCACAUCUACGAGGUCAACUUGGUGUCAGAACACAUCUGGUGCAACGACUUCCUGGUUCGCAGCUUCUACCUGAAGAACGUGCAGACGCAGGAGACCCGCACCCUCACCCAGUUCCACUUCCUGAGCUGGCCGGCGAAGGGGAUCCCCACGUCCACACGCCCCCUGCUGGACUUCCGCCGGAAGGUGAAUAAAUGUUAUCGAGGACGGUCGUGCCCCAUCAUCGUGCACUGCAGCGACGGUACUGGUCGGACUGGGACUUACAUCCUGAUCGACAUGGUUCUGAACCGCAUGGCUAAAGGGGUGAAGGAGAUCGACAUCGCCGCCACGCUGGAGCACGUCAGGGAUCAGCGGCCUGGGAUGGUUCGCACCAAGGACCAGUUUGAGUUCGCUCUGACUGCGGUGGCGGAGGAGGUGAACGCCAUCCUCAAAGCUCUGCCCCAGUGACCGUCUGCUGCCCCCCCCCACCGAUGUGUUCAGGGACAUCCAGAAGAUAAAGGUGAACCCAUCGGAUCUGAAUGCACCAUGAGCUUCUAGUCCGCCUGGUUUAAAGUCUUGUGGUUUUAUUUUGGAUUAAACCAAAUUUCCUCCUGUGAACUUUGACCCUCUGUGCCAUCGACUCAUCCUGUCUGAGUAUUUAGUCGUUUACCUCAAAGCAAGAUAAAAGUAUAUAUAUAUAUAUAAAAAAAAAAAAAGAUGCUA